AUGAAACGGCGGAAUCCUACUGCAAUAGGGCCUGCACCAUCCUACUGCAAUAGGGCCUACACCAUCCGAGUGGAGCUGCUGACCAUUGGACAGGAGGUCCAUAUGGCCACGUUUGCCGCCCACGUGCUGAAGGGCCUACCACCGAAGUACGGAUUUCUUCGCCGCAAGCUCGAAAUCUCCAGCCCUGACAUGACGGUAGAACGCGUGUGCAGCGAGGUGUUGAUGGAGGAGCAGACUCUCUCCAUCGCACAGAGGUACAAGCAGAUCACUAGCGAUGCAUCUGCUUUCUCGGGCGCUGUCAUCACCAUCGUGGCUACAACAGGGGUCAACGGGAAGGAAGGAAAAAGGGGAAGGGAGCAGACGGACAAGAAGAAAGAUGGCAAGAAUAUACAGUGGUACACGGCUGCCAAGAAGAAAGAUGGCAGUGCAAGGAACGGUGCAACGGCUGCAGCGGCAUGCAACGGCACGGCGGCUGCAUCGGCAUGCACCGAUAUGGCGGGUGGAGCGGUGAGCAAUGGCAGAGGGGCUGCAUCGGCAUGCAACGGCACGGCGGCUGCAGCGGCAUGCACCGAUAUGGCGGGUGGAGCUAUGGCUCCGACAGCGUUUGCCUAG